AUGGCUCAAAGGAACUUUCUCAACGCCUAUACUGGGCCAAAUGCCCUUCGCGACUACUUCGACCCUGAUUGCCAGCCAAUGAUCCCCCUUGUCGAAAUUCCUCAAAGCCUGAAUCCAUUCUACGACGAUGGAGUCAGGAUCCAUGCGAAGAUGAUGUCCAUGCAUCCUGCAAACAACGUAAAGAUCAUGCCUGCGUUAAACAUGUUGCAGAAGGAAGUGCAGCCAGAAAAGUCGAAGACAGUCAUCGAGUACAGUUCUGGGUCCACAGUGAUCUCCCUGGCUCUCGUCUCCCGUAUCAAUCAUGGGAUCAACGAUGUUCGCGCAUUCUUGAGCAACAAGACUUCAGUACCAAAACUCAGACUCAUGCAAUUCUUUGGUCUAGACGUCACUCUUUUUGGAGGUCCUUCCCAGCCAGAACCCCAUGACGAGCGUGGCGGCAUCUACCGAGCACAAAUGAUGGCCCAGGAAGAUGAGACAGUUCUGAACGUCAACCAAUACUACAAUGACGCCAAUUGGGAAUCCCACGUUAAGUGGACUGGACCGCAGAUCCACCAGCAGUUGCCUAGUAUUCGCUUGAUAUGCGCUGGCAUGGGUACCUCUGGGACCAUGACGGGUCUCGGCCAAUACUUCAAAGACGCCAAGCCUGCUGUAUUCCGAUUAGGUGUCUGUACCGCUGCUGGAGAUCGAGUUCCUGGGCCGAGGUCUCUUGCACUUUUGAGUCCCGUAGAGUUCCCAUGGCGUGACUCUGUAGACGCCAUCGAAGAGGUGGGCUCGAAAGAUGCUUUUAGCUUGUCUCUGAAACUCAGCCGAGAAGGAUUGGUCUGUGGUCCAUCCUCAGGCUUCAACUUACAGGGUCUCCUCAACUACCUCGCAAAGCUCAAAGCUGCUGGUACACUCUCUAAGCUGGCUGGUCCUUACGGUAUCAUCGACUGCGCUUUCGUCUGUUGCGAUCUGCCAUACCCAUACUUGGACGAAUACUUUGACAAGCUUGGCGACGCAUCUUUUCACCCGAUUCGUAACCAGAACCUUGCAGCGGUUGACCUAUAUCGGUACGAUGAAGCAUGGGAGCUUGAUCCUAACACCGCCUUGUCGCACUUCACCAGCAGUACCCAUGGAGCUGAGGCUGUCCUUCUCGACCUGAGAAAGCCAGAAGACUUCAUCAAGAGCCACAUACCAGGGUCAUAUAACCUACCACUACAAAGCUCCAAUGCUACAACACCGAGUCCGUUCUCCGAUGCCAUGGUGCUUGAGAAGCAGUGGAAAGAACUGGAAGCGACAUUCACCCUCGACUGUGUCAACGCACACGACCUUUCCGGCAAAGACGUCUACAUUCUUUGUUACAAUGGCGACACAGCUCGAGUUGCCACGAGUGUACUUCGUGCCAAGGGCAUAUCCGCAAGCAGUGUGAAGGGUGGCAUUGCAGCGGUCAGGAACGACCUGCCACAGCUGCAGAUGGCGGAGCGUGGAAGGGUUUUGGUACAGCAGGAUUGGAUCAAGACACCUGAAACUGUUACAAAAGAGCUGAGAAUAGAUUCGCUAUCUCCUCCUGGAGCUCGCGAGCCCAACGAGAGGUCGGAGUGA